AAAGAUGCCCGAUAAAUGUCUCUCAGUUCCAGGAAUUCCUCUUCCUUGGAAAGCCCCCUCAGCUGUUGCAGCGCAUACACCCUUUCUCCCGUAUAUAACAUUUUCAUGUCCAUCUUGCCCACAGACGUCCAAAGAUCCUCACCGUUGAUUCCUUCUCUUUCUCAAAGCCCUAGCUCGGAUCAUGGCCUCUUUCGCCCCCUUCAAUCCCCCAACUCUCCGAUCGUCUCCGAUACCGACGCCGCACCAGCUGCCAUCGUCGGAUCGCCGCAGAUCUUUCCAUCUGAAUCCCUCUCGAUCGGGAAUUCCAGUUCAAUGGCUGCAUCUUCAACCGAUCCGUGUGGGUUUUCCAAGAAAGUAACCAAUGUAAGAACCCAGGAUGGUAAGAAAGGCUCAUAUGGCCACAAUCAUGGCAGCACCUCUUUGCGGAACCGCUCUGCUGGUCGAGGAGGGUUAUCUUCCCAAUUCAGGUCUGAUCAUUCUAGAUCCUCUCAACGCAAUGGGAAGCAAUCUGGAGCUGUCAGUUCUUCACAUGUUGAUCAACCAGCCACAGGCCCCAUUAGUCCUCAGAGCAGUACAGCACAUUCAAUGGCAAGAAAAAACCAGAUGAUGAAUGGUAACCACUUGCUGAAUUUUCAUUACGAUCCCAUCUCUCGUCCUCAACCAAGGAUUCCUCCUCCUAGAAAGCCGAGGAAAGUAAGGCCUUACAAUAAAGACCUGUUCCUACAAGCAAACUUCAAAUUUGUUGUCUUAGAUUCAGGCAAUUACGCAACUGGGUCUAUGGAUCCAGAUAAGAUGCUGCAGUGGGAAGAUGUUGUUUGUGUGAGGUACUCCACCCCAUUCUCUGUACAGUGCCCAAUAUGCUUGGAAAGUCCUUUAUGUUCACAGAUUACAUCGUGCGGUCAUAUAUUUUGUUUCCCUUGCAUUUUGCGGUAUUUGUUGAUGGGUGAAGAGGAUCGUAAAGGUGACUGCUGGAAAAAAUGCCCCCUUUGCUUUAUGAUGAUAUCUUCCAAGGAUUUAUACACUAUCUAUAUUGACCAUGUGAAGCAGUACUGUGUCGGUGAUCAUAUAAAUUUUACACUUCUAACUCGACCGAAAGAUUCAUUAAUACCCUCUCAGAAAGAUCAUCAGGAGACGAGUUCUAUACCGUACAGCAGCGAUGGUCCCUCCCAGAAAGAUCAUCAGGAGACGGGUUCUAUACCGUACAGCAGCGAUGGUCUGUGUGAUGCUUUUUCUAAGUUCCAUUUGACAUCAGAUGUGGAACUCUCAAUGCGGGAAGCAAUAAUGGAGCUCAAUGAUUGGUUAGCUAAAGCAGAAUCUGGGCUGGUUGAGGAUUUGGAACAGCUUCCAUAUGUUUGUGCUGCAUUAGAGCAAUUUGAGCAGAGGAAAAAGUGUUGGGCUGAGCAUCAGACUAUCAGCGGUAGUCCGCCUUUAAGGAAUUGCACUAAUUCUGUUCUUAAGGUCUGUAAAUACAACUGCAGUAAGACAGAAUCUCAUGCAAAUGCUGAUGAGGCAUAUUCUGAAGCAUGUGAAUCUGCACCUGAUACAUCAUGCACAGGUUGCAAAGAUGAAGCAAGUGGGAACAGCCUAUCUAUGGAAAAGUUAGGUGGGGAUGAUUGUGUUGUUCUUCUUGUUGAUCUUCCUGAGUCCUUUGAAGGUCCAGAAAAACUGUCAUCAUCGUAUGAUGAGGACAGAAGUUUUCGAAGGCAUUCAAAUGGCUGCAAAGAUGUGAGGGAGAAGGACCUCUACACCUUCUACCAGGCAGUUGAUGGUCAGCACCUCAUCCUUCAUCCCUUGAACAUGAAGUGUCUUCUUCACCGUUAUGGGAGCCAUGAUUUGCUUCCAUCUAGAAUUGGUGGAGAAAUUUUACAAUUGGAGACGGUGACUCAGUCAGAAGCCAUGAGGAGGCGCUAUCGUUUCUUAAGUCAUUUUUCCCUAACGACUACAUUCCAGCUUUGUGAAAUUGAUCUGAGUGAUAUCUUGCCUCCUGAUGCUUUGUCACCAUUCAUGGAUGAAAUUAAGAAGCGUGAAAAGCAGCGGAAGCGAGUUGCUAAGAAGGAAAAUGAAGGGAAAGCUAGAGCCGAAGCUGCUGCCUUGCAGGCAAGACUAAUUCCACAUGAAUUUAGACACUCAUACAAUGAUGCCACAUUCUCUAUUGAUGACUUUGAGGCGCUAGGAAGUUCCUCUGUGGUAACAUCAUCCACAAGUCCCCCUGUCCUUGGUGAAAGGAAGCUGUUCUCAGAUGUGACGCGGCUAGGAUUUGCUGCUGCUUAUGAUUCUCCUUCUCUGAAAGCAGAGGAACCUGUUGUUGAUGCUUCGAGCAGCAUGGAAGCAAGCGGUGGACCUUCUAGCCUAAUUGGUUCAAGGAGCACGGUGGCCACACCAUCAUUUGCUAAUAUCAUAUCCACGCUCCCGUCUGCUGGUGGCCCAGAGGCUGCAAAAAUGAAUGGAUUUGGAAAGAAAGGCAAGAAACCGAGUAGGGUACUCCUCUCUACAGCCGGUGGUCGGCGCUACUGAAACUGUGGGGCCAUCAUGCCUGAGUGAACUAUGUAUUCAGUGGUGCCAGAGAUUGUAUAUUUGAGUGGUAAAUAUUAGGGUCUUCAGAAUAAUAAAAAUCAACCGAGUGUGGAUGAUGAUCCUCAUUUGUGGAUUACCAGAGAUUCUCAAUCUGUCUGCGUAGUUGUAUUUCCGUUUUGUUUGUAGAUAUUGGUAUGUUUGAAGA